AUGUUGCAGCAACAACAGCAGCAGCAACCACUGUCCUCCUAUCAGCAACCGCAGCAAUAUCAAGCGUUUCCAGCAGCACGCCAGCAGCAAUAUCAAGCAUGGCAGCAACCUCAACAACAGUAUGCACCUCGCCAACAGCAACAACAACAGCAGCAGCAGCAAUAUCAAUACCAUCAACCGGAGCAACACUUGCAAUUGCAAUCUUACCCAACGCAACAGCAAUUGGCCAUGCAACCAGUGUUUGCCUACGAUGGUCGCGGUUGUUAUACGCCCGCUGGCUACACUUUAACACCCAUGCUGGCAGCCACAACAACAGCAGCCAGCGAAGUGAGUGAUGGACAAUGUGUUUACUAUCAGUAUGCGGAUGAGGAUUAUGUGAAUAGCGUCAACUACUACGAUCAAAGCACUGGCGACAUGUGUGCCAUGGGCCUUGUUUACGUCGCUUACAAGGACAACAACAGCAACUACGAUGGCGCACAAUCUUAUGCGUUAACAGAGCAAAGUAAUCGCAGUCACAGACAACGCGGAAUGCGACAGCGAACGCUGCUGCAACAGCAGCAGCAGCAGCAGAAGGGGAGCGAGGAGUGCGGCAGCAAUAUAUCGUGGCGCGCUGAGCGCCCCUCACCUCUUCCGCCCCAAUCACAAAGCACAACAGAAAGAAGCAGCAGCGAAUUCCAACUGCGAUUCCCAACAACAACAACGGCGAUUCUCAUAGCCAAUUCCCGAUAA